GUUCAGCCCAUCUUCCGCGAGCUGUGAAUAUAGUAAAUGAUAAAGGUCGUGAUAAUUAAUCCAGUAAAACGUGACCGUGGUCAGUUCGGCUCGACAAGUGGUGACAGUCUGCGGCAUUGAUUGUUGCUUCCUCUUCAAGCAGCGUAGCGACAGUGCGAUUAUACUACCCAUGUUUAUCUGCCGCGGCAAUCGAAUACCGAUAAGUCAUCGUUACUUUACGCAACAGAGUGGAGACGCCGAACUCAGUAGCCGCCAAACUUCGCGUUGAGUCGCUUUUUCCGAUCCCAUCCUAAGAAUUUUUGGCAAAGAUGGAUACCGACGUAGAAACCUGUCUCAAGGAUUGGAAUGAGCUGACGCAGGAGUACAAAGUCUUGGAGGCGUUGAACAGAGAAUACUGUACAAAAUUGGAAGAGGUGGGCGAGCUUCAGGCAAAAUGUUUGCAGGGAAUAUCGCACCAGCGAUAUAGAAUGAAGGCGAUAACCAAGUCUCUCAGGCAAUUACAUGCUAGCGACGUGCGUCAAUCUUUAGACAAGGAUAUUAAUAGACGACUUGAACAGUUGCACGAAAUGGAACAGAUAUUGCCAAAACCAAACGGGACUUACUUGAAGAUCAUACUUGGCAAUGUCAAUGUUUCAAUAUUAAACAAAAUGGACAAGUUUAAGUACAAAGACGAGUAUGAGAAAUUCAAGUUGGUUCUGUCGAUGAUCGGCUUUGUCUUAUCUGUUGUUAAUCUCUUCACCAAUGUGCGCACAUUGGAGCUAAGCUUCAUGUUUCUCUUGGUUUGGUACUACUGCACAUUGACAAUACGUGAGAGUAUAUUGAAGGUCAAUGGAUCAAGAAUAAAAGGCUGGUGGCGUUUUCAUCAUUUCCUGUCAACGGUAGUAUCCGGAGUUCUAUUGGUUUGGCCGAAUACAGGUCCUUGGUAUGCAUUUCGUGGCCAGUUUAUGUGGUUCAACGUCUACAUCAGUGUGGUUCAGUAUCUACAGUUCCGAUAUCAACAUGGCGUAUUGUAUCGUUUGAAGGCACUGGGUGAGCGGCACAAUAUGGACAUAACAAUCGAAGGUUUUCAUUCCUGGAUGUGGCGCGGACUGUCUUUUCUUCUCCCAUUUUUAUUUGUGGGCUAUCUUUUCCAAUUGUUCAAUGCCUAUACACUCUAUAAGCUGAUCUGGCACCCCGAGGCGACUUGGCAUGUACCUGUAUUGAGUUUUACAUUUCUUGUGCUCUUUCUAGGAAACACGAUAACUACCGUUAUGGUUAUACCCCAAAAAUUACGCGAGCGCGUCCGAAACAGCUUGCCAGGUGUUUUCUCAUCAAUCACAGAACGUAGAAAAGAGGCUACUGUCAAAAAAAACACUGAGAAUAAAUCCGAAUAAACUAAUUGCAUCCGAAUGGGCUUUUGGCAAUUAUAAAACAUGGUCCCAAACCUCGUAAAUGCCACAUUGCUACUCUAAUAAAUUUCAAAGAAAUUGUUCUACUCAAGCGGGUUACUAAGAUUGAAAAAAAUUGCGUGUUCAAUGUAAUUGUCAAUAGGUUUUUUUUGGUAGCAGUUUCUGGUGACUCAAAAAUAUUUUUUUUGUGUUUUCAUAUCGUGAUUUCAUAGCAUUCUGAAAAUGUGUCAACAUCCAUCAGUAACCUUUCUAAUUACGUUGUAUUGUAGGAAUCUUACUGUAUACCGUAAAUGAAUACAACGCAUGUGUACCGUGUAUGUACGACAGGCUGUGUUAUACGAUAAUUCUCUACGUUUAAUGUAUUUAAUACACAAAGUGUAUGUGUAAAUAACAGGGAAUUGUAUAAUUUAUCAC